GGAAGACAAAAGCUGCAGUACGCCAUCAUCCUCCCAAAAACUCCAUUCCUUCGCGUCUCCAUUUCCGUCUUGCUCCGUAAGGGCAGAGAGAAGACUGUAAUCCAGUAAUCGUUGAUCACAGUGAUGCAGCUGCUGCCACUGCUUUUGCUGCUACUGCUCCAUUCACGCCUUCUUCCUUCGUCUUCUGCUGCUCAGCUCGGUUCGAUCUGCUUGUCCAACGGGAACUGCAACGCCGGGCUGCAUUGCGAGACAUGUCUGGCCAACGGCAACCUCCGGCCCAGGUGUACACGAAUCCAGCCCUCUGAUCCCAAAUCGAAGGGAAAUGGGCUGCCGUUCAAUAGAUACGCGUGGCUGACGACUCACAACUCGUUCGCGCGACUCGGCCAGCAAUCGCGCACCGGAACGCCCGUCAUCGCCCCGGAGAACCAGCAGGACUCGGUCACCGGCCAGCUCAACAACGGUGUUAGGGGCUUAAUGCUGGAUAUGUAUGACUUUGAGAACGACAUCUGGUUGUGCCAUUCCUUCGGUGGCAACUGUUUCAACUUCACUGCCUUUCAACCUGCUAUCGAUGUGCUCAAGGAAAUCCAGCUAUUUCUCGAAGCAAACCCUUCAGAAGUCAUAACAAUCUUUAUCGAAGACUAUGUCACAUCCCCUAAGGGUCUCACAAAGGUCUUCAAUGCUUCCGGACUGAUGAAAUAUUGGUUCCCUGUUGAAAGAAUGCCCAAGAAUGGAGGAGACUGGCCACUGCUCGGUGACAUGACAAGCAGGAACGAACGCCUGCUGGUGUUCACUUCUAAAGCUGCCAAAGAGGCCUCUGAAGGCAUUGCGUACGAGUGGAGAUACGUUGUGGAAAACCAAUACGGAGAUGGUGGAAUGGAAGCAGGUUCUUGCCCGAACCGAGCCGAGUCAUUGCCCAUGAACGCGAUGUCGAGAUCUCUGGUUUUGAUGAACCAUUUCCCUUCCAAUCCAGACAUGGCAACAGCGUGCAAGCACAAUUCUGCUCCUCUUGUGAGCAUGCUGAGUACAUGCCACGGUUCGUCGGCUAAUCGCUGGCCUAACUUUAUUGCUGUAGACUUCUAUAAGAGGAGUGAUGGAGGUGGAGCCCCUCAAGCUACAGAUAUAGCAAAUGGGCACCUGGUUUGCGGAUGCAACAGUAUAGCCUACUGCAAAGUUAAUGCUUCAUUCGGGGUAUGUGAUGAUCCAGCGAAGCCCGGGGCUGCAGCAACCUCAGCUUCCUGCAGAUUAAGCUCUCCAGUUCUUGCAAGUCAGCUCCAGUAUUUAUCGUUGCUAACGAUCGUGUUGGUCUCCAUGGACCUGUGACUCUUUUGCGACCCAUAAAUCCUGUAUUGCAGCAUCACCGUUGCUUAAUAUGGUUUCGGCAACUUGUAAAAGACCGUAGGAAAUUGAUGGCUGCUACGAACACUAUCAGAAAGUAUUUCUUGUCAAUUGUUGUUGAUCAUAAAACA